CCGAAAAAUAGUGCCUUAAAACCAAAUAUCUUAGAACUAUUAUAUUCUCUAUCACUAGCACAGAUUUUUUUUAAGAUUUCCAAUAGCAUCACAAUUCACAGGAUAAGACAAUGCUGCUUUCAGCAGGAAUGGACUUCAUGCCAACCAAAACUUCCCACCACUUCCUCAGAAAUAAGGGUAAAAGGUCAACAGCAAUAUUUGCCAAAAAGCAAGAAUUUUCUAAUUUCCCAGAUAAUAAAGAUAAACCCAAUUUUGAAUUGAAGAUUUCCAACAAGAUAAUAGCUCAAUCUGCAAUUGCAAUACUGGGAUUAGGAUUUGUUGAUGCAGGAUAUAGUGGAGAUUGGUCAAGAAUUGGAGUGAUUUCAAGAGAAACAGAGGAUGUGUUGAAGAUUGCAGCUUUUUUAGUGGUUCCUUUUUGUUUGUUUGUUAUAUUUUCUCUUGCUAGAAACCCAGAUAAGUAACAUAUUUUGUGCUUAGAUUACCAUUUCAUACUUGUAGCUUUCAUAGUUUUUCAAUCUUGAUGAUAAUUAUUAUUUUUUCUUGA